AUGGCUGCUGCUGCCCGGACACUUCGAAUUGGUCUCAUCCCCGGAGACGGCAUCGGACGGGAGGUCAUCCCGGCCGGCCGACGGGUUCUCGAGUCCCUUCCCUCUUCUCUGAACCUCAAUUUCAGCUUCGUCGAUCUGGACGCCGGGUUCGAGACCUUCAAGAAGACAGGAACCGCCCUUCCGGACAAGACGGUCGACACGUUGAAGAAAGAGUGUGAUGGCGCCCUGUUCGGUGCUGUCAGCUCCCCGAGCACCAGCGUCGCCGGCUACUCGUCCCCGAUCGUCGCCCUGCGCAAGAAGCUCGACCUGUACGCGAAUGUGCGCCCCGUCAAGACCACCGCCGGCAGCAGCAACGGCAAACCGAUCGACCUGGUGAUCGUGCGCGAGAAUACCGAGGACCUGUACGUGAAGGAGGAGCGCACGGUGGAAGGUCCCAACGGCAAGGUGGCCGAGGCGAUCAAGCGCAUUUCCGAGCGCGCCUCGUCGCGCAUCUCCACCAUCGCCGGUGAAAUUGCACUGCGCCGCCAGAACAUCCGCGCCGCCGCUCCCGGCGUUUCUACCCGCACCCAGCCCAUGGUCACCAUCACGCACAAGUCGAAUGUGCUUUCGCAGACGGACGGCUUGUUCCGCGAAACUGCGCGCAAGGCUCUUGCCGCCGAGAAGUUCUCGUCUGUGCUUGUCGAGGAGCAGAUUGUUGACUCUAUGGUCUACAAGCUCUUCCGCCAGCCGGAGUACUACGACGUCAUUGUUGCCCCUAACCUCUACGGCGAUAUUCUGUCUGACGGCGCUGCCGCCCUGGUUGGUAGCUUGGGUCUUGUUCCCAGCGCUAACGUUGGUGAUGGCUUUGCCAUUGGUGAGCCCUGCCACGGCAGUGCCCCUGAUAUCGAGGGCAAGGGUGUUGCCAACCCCAUCGCGACUCUGCGCUCCGUUGCCCUGAUGCUGGAGUUCCUGGGCGAGGAGAACGCCGCUGCUAAGAUCUACACUGCUGUUGAUGCCAACCUGGAUGAGGGCAAGUUCCUCUCCCCGGAUAUGGGUGGCAAGGCCACCACUCAGCAGGUCUUGGAUGAUGUGCUGAAGAGACUGUAA